CCAUUCCGUUCUCUGUUACUGUGUAGUCAGCUAAUAAAUAGUUGGUUUGUAAAACCUAACGUUCUCCUAAUUUCAUCCAUUCCAACGCGCUUAGUGUUAUGUCUGUCACAAUGGCCGUGCUGGCACGUUACGCACGACGCCCCCCAUGCUAGCGUCAGCGCUGCUACACCUUAUAUGACAAUAUAUCCUCGUACCACAGAUGAAAAAUACUCUAUCAUAACAUACCAGCUCCAAAUACCUUUGACACUGAUGAUUUAGAUGACUAAGAAAUGUAUCAUCAAUAUAAGGUAGACCAAUUUGAAUUAACUCAGGGAAAUUAUUAUAAGAAAAUAAGUUUAUGCUGUGAAAUAGUUUGAUAUACAUCCAGGAUUUGAACAAUAUGUUUGCUUAGCGAUAUUUUAGAUUCGUGUAAGUGCUGUAUAAAUGAACAUAAGCAGUUACUUCCUCUUAGUAAAGUAGUAGUUCCUCUUAAGAGCAGGAGGGAAGGUCAAAAGACACCAAUGAACAAAUGAAAGAGAAUCAGAUUAUGGAGAUCCUCGGUGCAUGGUAUUCCAUCAAAAUUAGGAAUUUGAAUGCUCCUUAUAAGUGUUAGAUGUUACUGUAUGUUGGCAAGGAUUUUGGAUGACUUUAAUAAAAGUUCGUGACUUAGAUUUAGGGAAGAGGACAACAGCAAAACCUGCUUUUUGAGCAAAUAUCUGUUAUUUCUAGCUGUGAAAAUAGAAAUGAUCAAUAAAGCAACUUUCAAAUACUUCACUGUCUUUGGUCUAUAAUAUGCACUUGUUGACUGUACACAUUGUUGACAUGGAAGUUGAUAAGAUUGCUGUGCUGGUUAUUCACUGCUCUCUCUCUUGGUACCCUCACUCAGGCUUUUAUUAAGUCUCAUCGUUGCUGAUCAGUAUGAUUGACGUAAAGGCAUGGGCAGAGUACGUGGUGGAGUGGGCAGCCAAAGACCCCUACGGUUUCUUGACCACUAUCAUACUGGCCCUCACACCCCUAUUCAUUGCCAGUGCGCUGCUGUCGUGGAAGCUGGCCAAAAUGAUCGAGGCACGUGACCGGGAACAGAAGAAGAAGCAGAAACGUCAGGAAAACAUAGCUAAGGCCAAGAGGACCAAGAAAGAUUGAGCCUGUGCGGACAGAAUGAGGGCAUGACAAGAAACAUAGGAGAGACCACCACACUCACAGCCCUCCUUGUUCUAAAUAAUGACACAGUGCCCUUCUUUGUCCUAGCCCUACUGUCAGCAUAGGGGCCGCUGCGCCUCCUGUCUGGUGUGGGAGGAGGGACACUAGCCCCACAGGCCUCACAGUGCUGAGGCGGACAGUGCUGCCUGGAGGAGACUCGUUCCUGUGGGACUUUGGUCAGCAAGAGCACAGUGGUCAUCUGUAUGACGUACUUAUACAGAGAUCUGCUGAUAAUAUUACGCAGCUGUUGCAGCACCUUGCAUUCCAUUAUUAGAAUCCAUUUUCUGCUGAAUAAACAAUGUAAUGAACAUAAUGGAACUUUAUCCAAAGUACUCGCAAAACACCCAAAUACUACUUUCUAACAAAUAAAGUUUUCAUGGUUGAUAAAAAAAAA